UGACGUCACGGAUUGUAGCGGACAUAUUGGGACACCAUUGUGGCCAGCUACUAAGUCGUCUGUUUUCAUCCCAACAUUCCACAGUAUUCUGGACAUCUGUGUUGGUGAAUCUUUUGCAAUUUGUUUAAUGAACAACGAAGACAGCAAAGAAGAAAGCUGUAGGUGGGAAGCGUUGUAUUAGCGGCCGGCUGCAGCAACACAACCAGGAGGACUUUGAGUUGGAUAGCAGACGCGCUACCGUGAGUAUGCAGAUUUGGCUUCCAAACAUUUGAUCGCUUCCCCUUACGUGCGUGCCGCUAUGUGCAUGUCACGUACGUAACUUUGGGGAAAUAUAUGUGCUGUGUGAACUUUACGGAGGUGAACGGUACUUUGGGCUGUGGGAUUGAGUGUGUUGUGCGGGUGUUUGAGUUGUAUUGGUGGGUUAUAUGGACGGGAGGGGGGAGGUGUUUGUUAUGCGGAUUAAUUUGUGGCAUAUUAAAUAUAAGCCUGGUUGUGUUGUGGCUAAUAGAGUAUAUAUAUGUCUUGUGUUUAUUUACUGUUUUAGUCAUUCCCAGCUGAAUAUCAGGUCCCACCCGCCUCUCACAGCAUCUUCCCUAUCUGAAUCGCUUCCACUGCCCUGUAAUCCUUCACUCUCACUUUCCUCAUCCACAAAUCUUGCAUCCUCGCUCAAAUUAAUGGGGUAAUCGUCGCUUUCUCGGUCCGAAUCGCUCUCGCUGCUGGUGGCCAUGAUUGUAAACAAUGUGCAGAUGUGAGGCGCUCCACAACCUGUGACGUCACGCUACUUCCAGUACAGGCAAGGCUUUUUUAUCAGCGACCAAAAGUUGCGAACUUUAUCGUCGAUGUUCUCUACUAAAUCCUUUCAGCAAAAACGUGGCAAUAUCGCGAAAUGAUCAAGUAUGACACAUAGAAUGGACCUGCUAUCCCCGUUUAAAUAAGAAAAUGUCAUUUCAGUAGGCCUUUAAUUCUCCUUUUUAGGGUGUUUGGAUUGCUUUGGACUUGCUGCUAGUGGGGGCGGGGCUUCUCACCAUGCCACCUUGUCUCAUUCCAAAUGAAAAUGUUCAUGUGACGAAAUAAAAGAUGAACAUUGUACGCAUGAUUACGUGAACACAAGUGAAGGUGGCAUAACCACACUUCAUUUCCUCUGCAGCUUUUUCAAAGCAGAGUGGAAAGUUUGUUGUUCAAACCGCAGCCUCCUUCCUACCCCUGCGUGCACAUGCUAUAUAAGUGUGGCUGUCAUGCGCCUCCGACCAUCUCACCAUGAGGGGCAUGACCGUCUUUGCGCUGUGCGUGCUGGCCUCCGCCAUCAUUUUGUCCGCCCGCUGCAACAAUUCCAGCGGUCCUGACCACUGCUGCUUCAAACAUUACCCCAUCAAAGUCAGCCAAAGGUUCAUAAAGACGUACUCCAUGACUGACAGCAGAUGCCCCAUCAUGGGAGUCAUUCUGGUGACUAAUAAAAAUUUUCACAUCUGUGCCAACCCCAAAACCCCCUGGGUGGAGAGAAUCAUGAAACAUUUGGAUGAAUCCACCAUGUGAUGUGUCUACUUUCUUUCGCUUUCAUUAUUAUCAUUAUUACGCACUUAUAGUCCAGUCUAUCCUAUAGUUACUUUGGAAUAAGGUCAUGUAGUUUGAACUUCUGCUUUUGUUUGGUUUUGUAGGCUUUUGCCUAGAAAUGCAUUUGUUACUCUGAAUAAACAGUCAUUUA